AUGGACGAGCCCUCGUCCCAACUACACUUGGAGAUCCGCGACGCCGUUGUUCGCGCUCUCGCAACGCGCCGCCCAAUCCUCCACCACCUCAAUGCCGAUACCUCCUGGCUCCUUCAAAUACCCCGUCCCGCAAACGCAGUCAAACACGGCGCCCGCAUAUACUACAACAUACUGAUCGACCCGUGGUUCGUGGGCGGACAAAGCGAUGUCGCAAAGUGGUUUAGCCAGCAAUGGCACGCGACGGAGAGCGCGGUAAAGAGCAUUUCCGAAGUGGAGGAACUAGCGCGACAAGUCGAGAUUCUAGCCGGAGGCUUCAGACCAGGCAAGAGCAGGAAACGAAAAGUAGAGGCCAUAGAAGAUGAGGAGAGUUAUGUGGACUGCGUAGCCAUCAGCCAUGAAUUCACUGAUCACUGCCACAAAGAAACACUUCUCGAAGUCCACGGCGACGUCCCCGUCUUCGCAACAGAGCAAGCCGCCAAACUCAUCUCCUCAUGGUCCCACUUCCGCACCGUAGUCACGACCCCAACCUUCCCCUCCAACGCCGACUGGCACGACUACAGCCUCCCACCUCUCCCCUCCUGGCUCUCCAUCUCACGCCUCACGGAGCCCAACGACGCCCUCUUCUACCACUCGGCACUCCUCAUAACCUUCUCCACGCACCCCUUCCUCUCCAGCUCCACCCCACGCAAGCGCCUCUCCACCCUCAGCAUCAACGGCGACGGCGCCGAGCAAGACUUCUCCACCACCUCCCCUUCGACCAGCGAAGCCGCCGAAUGCGUCAUCUACACCCCGCACGGCAUCCCCCACACCGCCCUCGAACCCAUUGCCACCGCCGAGCCCGCGCUGCAUACCCUCGCUUUUCUGCACGGUCUGCACGACGUCUCCAUCUCGGCGGCCCAGCAGUUGAAUCUUGGUGCCAAAAACGGCGUCAGGGCCCAGAGGCUGGUCAAGGCAAAGUAUUGGGUUGCCACCCAUGAUGAGGUUAAGAAAGGCGGCGGCUUGGUUAGUUGGUUUCUGCGCAGGAAGGUCUGGACCGUCGAGGAUGCGUUGAGGGAGGUUGGGGCCGAGGCUGAGGUUCACGAUGUCAGGUUUAGGGAGGUGCGCAAUGGCGAGAGUAGGGUGCUUGAAUAG